UUUGCGUUAGGCGCGCGCACUACAGUGCGCGGCCAUAGUGAAGCAACAUAGCUGUAGACGUGAGAAUAGACAACAUGCUACUACUUUUUCGGUUGAGAGGUGCAGUAACCAGCUUCUAGUAGGAGUUUCGCAAGGGCAGUCCAGGUGGGCCCGCCGACCGGUUGGGCCCACCAUUGCAGCGAAAUCUCUUUAGAGUAAGUACGUAAACAGCACUAAGCAACUAUGGAGCAGUUCGAGUCACUAUUGACGUGCUGCGUCUGCCUCGACCGGUACAGGAAUCCCAAGCUGUUGCCAUGUCAGCACAGCUUUUGUAUGGAGCCGUGUAUGGACGGCCUUGUCGACUAUGUCAGGCGACAGGUGAAAUGUCCAGAAUGCCGUGCCGAGCACAGAAUCCCAUACCAAGGUGUUCAGGGAUUCCCAACAAAUGUAACUCUCCAGAGGUUUUUGGAACUUCAUGCAAACAUCGCUGGAGAGCUUCCAGACCCAACGGCAGGGCAAGUAAUGGAAAGAUGCAAUGUAUGCUCAGAAAAAGCGUACUGUGCGCCAUGUGCCCAUUGCGACAAAAAAGUCUGCGAAGACUGUAAGUCAGCACACAUGGAAGUUUUACGUAGAGAAAUUUCUAGAAUCAACAAUCAAAUACGCCGUGGUCUCAACAGGCUACAAGACAUCCUUGGAGUAGUUGAACGUAACACAAUAAAUCUUCAGACCAACUGUGGAGCUGUGGCUGGAGAAGUCGACGAAAUUCAUAAAAGACUAGCCAAGGCGCUAAAAGAUAGAACCGAUUUCUUAAGAAACGAAGUUGAUCGCUACCUUGCUACUGAACUUAGAAACCUCACUAAUCUGAAAGAUAACUUAGAGUUAGAAUUAAGUAAUAUACAAAGUAAUUGUGAUCUCGCCGAUAAAUAUAUGAACGACGACGUAGAAUGGGAAGAUACGGAGUUAGUAGAUACUAAAGAAAUUUUCUUGAAAACGGUCGAGUUCCUCAGAAACUUCGAUUACGAAGCGGGUGAUUACAACCGUAGAGUACGGUUUAUCAUGACCCACGACCCGAACCAGUUGGUUAUGCAUGUUGCAAGCUACGGUGAACUGAAUAUCACUCAACCUAAUGCAUACUCCUCUAGUAUGCAACAGAACCAAGGUUUAACAAGGUCAAAGAGUGACCACCGUCUAGCUACACAGUUCCGCCAACAAGAAGAAGCAAAGGGUUGGCAGGAGAAUGAUGAGCCCAUACUAGGCGGUCGUAAGUUUGGUGAACGCCGUCCUCCUCCACCUGAAAAACAUACAAGGGACUAUGGUGCUACUGAUGAUUACAGUGGGUAUGAGUCAGAGCAUAGGCCAGCGAGAUCUAGGUUCCGUUCUCGUUUUGUCAAGAGUCACCUAGAUAAUGACUCUGACUCAGAACAAACUACUCGUGCAACUAAAGCCGAACAAAAAGAAAAAGAGAAAGAGAAGGUCGUCGAUACUGAAGAUGCUACCCGAGGGCCACUUAGUGGUAUAUUCCGAUUAAGCGACUGUCCGCGUGUAAUGCAGAGGAUAUUAGACGUUGACAGUGGAAAGAAGAAAGAAAAAAAAGAACCUCCUCCACCACCUCCUAAGCCCGUCCAGCCCGCACCUCAGCCGCGUCAGCGUCCACCACCAGCGCAAAGGCAACAAAGUGAAGAUGAUGAAAUAUCACGUCUCAAAAGACAAAACAAAGGCGCCGCUGCUUCUUCACAAGAACCUGAACGUGCACCAGCUCGACCAGCAGAAGAAGAACGUACCCCAGUAAAUCGUAAACCGCCUACACCAGCGCGGGAGGCGUCCAGUGACGGUGAAUCCGAUGAAUCAGUUGGAUCUCUGCAGCGAAACCAGCGUAAAAAUGCGCCUGCACCACAAAAGCCAGUCACAACUACGAGGAGACCCUCAGCCACUGAAACGCCAGCUCCUCACCGUCCCGCUGCUCGUGCUCCGAGCACGGAAUCUAGCGCCUCUACUGAAAGCUCCGGCUCGGCGGUGAAACAUACAGGUGCCAUUUUAAGCAUCGCAGAAUUAAAAGCAAAAUACAGCCCUAGCGCGCCUGCAACAACUUCUGGAUCUCGUUUCUCUUCCGCAGGCAACGAGAGAACAGCACCAGCGGCAACUAACGGCACAGCUGGUGGCGCGCAACGGGUUCAGAGUCGGUUUAUCGGCUCUCAGCGACCCACACCUGCACCGGCACCCGCCGAGCCGGUUCACGAAGACUCCGACACGAGCUCCGAAGAAGAAACUGACUCGUCGGAGGAGAGUGACGAGGAGCCUGUCACGCAAAGGAAGCCCGAGAGCCAGGCGAUGGCUCGAAGUGACAUCGGUCCACUACUCGCGCGUAGCAAUAAUGCCCGUAACGAUGCCGUUGAAAAUAAAACGAAAGAGUCUCCUUCACAGUCGCGAUACCGCACGAGACAGUCAUCACAAACAGAAGAAGAGCCUGCACCUAGAUACAGUGCUGGGUCUUCGUUGAGCAACAGAUAUGGUAGCAAGCCAAGAGAAGAAGAACCGCCAUCAUCUUUGGAUGAUGAGACAAAAUAUCCCACGGCUAGAUCCAGAUACCUCGCCCUGAAAGAGCGCCGCAACCGUCUCGCAAGAAGUAAGAGCAGUCACACCGGUUUCGGUGCAGGAGACGACGACGAUCAGGACGAUCCGGUGUCACCCACAACAGCAUCGCCUUCUGCGUACCUUGCGGCUCGAUACGGCUCCGGCACUGGUGGUUCGGAGUUGUCUCGUAGCCGAUCUUCACACGCACUGAAGUCACGAGAGAGCUCGCCUGAACGGCCGGCCCCCGGUGAAAAAGACGGAGCGGCCCUCAGUUCUUGGGCGAGAUAUUUGAAGAACAAGUACGGGUCGCGGGGCAAGGAUCGCGAUCCUUCGAGUACAUCGUCGAGCACAUCCCGUCGCCUGUCUCUCGGGCUACCUUUACGCUCGGCAAACGAGCUUGCCAGUUCUGAUGACGAUUCAAAAAACGCGGCAGGCUCCCCCAUCUCCCCUACGGCGGCUACAGCAGCGGUAGCAGGUUUCGCAGCAGCCGGUUCCUCCCCUAGGAGCCAGUACAUGCAGAAACGCCGUUUACAAUUCAGCGUGGGGAGUCGGGGGAGCGAACCCGGAUGCUUUACAUGGCCUCGUGGUAUCGCUGUAGGUCCCGACAAUACAAUGGUCGUGGCUGAUUCAUCUAACCAUAGAGUGCAGGUGUUCGAUUCCAACGGUAUUUUCGUCAAAGAGUUCGGUCAGUACGGCAGCGGCGAAGGAGAAUUUGACUGCCUGGCCGGUGUAGCUGUCAAUAGAAUUGGACAGUACAUCAUAGCUGACAGAUACAAUCAUCGUAUUCAAGUGUUUGACCCUCAAGGUCGGUUCCUGAGGGCAUUCGGUAGCCAGGGCACUGGUGACGGCAAGUUCAACUACCCGUGGGGCAUCACUACGGACGCUCUCGGAUUUAUAUACGUCUGUGACAAGGAAAACCAUAGAGUACAGGUGUUCCAAUCCGAUGGUACGUUCGUUGGCAAGUUUGGUUCCUUCGGUUCCAAGCUUGGUCAGCUCGAACACCCCCACUACAUCGCCGUCUCCAGCACCAACAGAGUCUUGGUGUCAGACUCCAACAACCAUAGGAUACAGGUCUUCGAUGUCAAUGGAAGGGUUCUCUCAUCGUUCGGUGAGGAAGGGUCCGAAGAUGGACAGUUUAAGUUCCCGAGGGGUGUAGCAGUAGAUGACCAGGGCUACAUCGUCGUUGCCGAUUCUGGCAACAACCGUAUCCAGAUAUUCCACCCUGAUGGUGCGUUCCUUAGAGCCUUCGGUUCUUGGGGAUCUGGCGAUGGAGAGUUCAAGGGUCUGGAAGGCAUUGCCGUGAUGUCUGGAGGCAAUAUCAUCGUCUGCGACCGAGAGAACCAUAGGGUACAAGUUUUUUAAGAUGAACACCGUUAUCAACUUGAUACGAUAAUAAUAAUUUUCUAUGCUGAAAAUACUUUUUUAUACCAAAUCACAAUUAUGUAUUUAAAAAUGUAAAAUCAUGUUUUUAUUUAAAUAAAAAUAAAUAACCUUUCUCUUUCACCUGUCAGUUUCAAUCGUUUAAAAUCUUAAACAAAGAAUAGAAAUAAAUACACAAAAACAAAAUUUCAUCGAAGUAUUUUUCUCCUAAAAACAAUGAAAAAUUGUUAAACCAAAGAAUUUUAACGUCGAUGCUUCUUAUUGGAUUGUAAGAUUGACGAAUAAUCUCAAAAGGACUGGAUUGAUUGGGACGGUUCUUUUCUAUUUGAUCAAAAUCUUAAAUAACUGAAGGUCAGUCGAUCAGCGUCGCAAUUGUUAUCACUCCAAAGAUAGAUGAUCUGUCAAUGGAUGCCUGAUUUCCCUCAGUCCUAUCACUUUUAUCCAAAUUGAAAGAUUAUUAAAGAGUAUUAAAUAUUCAAUGUUUGUUGGUGAAGAAAUCCAUAAAGUGUCUCAAAAAGGAUUAAUACAAAAAAUAUCUUUUGUGAAAGGCAGAAAAGUAAUUCCAAGUCGUGCCACUUACUCAAUGUAAUCUAGUAACACGGUAUGGUUAUCCCGUUUUAUGUUCAAUCCAGUCGGAUGAGUCUUCAAAGAUAAAAGAAACUUUACUGUUUGCCACUACAAUCUUUCUUCCAAUCCAUCAAACAUUUUGUAAAAAAUACAUAACAAAAAAUUAAAUUCAAACCAAAAAAUUAAAUACAGCAUUUAAAAAUAAAUUGUUUAUAAAUUAUUUUUUAACAAAAUAUACUUAAGCAUUUAUGAAACUGAGUUUAAAUCGCAAUGUUGUAUUCAAAUAGAUAUUUAAAGAAAUAUGUUAUUCAAAUAAAAUAUAAACAAAAUGUAAAUAUAAUGUAUUCAAUAUGAACUGAACGGUAGGUAACAAAAUAUACCAAAAAAAAUGUUGCCAUCCUCAUUAAAUGUAGCUUUUAGUAGAUUUGUUUGCUUAUACAUUUUACUAGUCGAUUUCAAAUAAAUAUAUUGUAAUUGUUUUAUUUAAUUUUAUUAUAGCUUUUAUGUGACUUUGAGUCAUAGUAACGAAAAUAUAUUAUAUAACAUAUAAUUGAAAUAUAUAGAAAUAAAUCUUAUUUAAUUGCCAAGACACGUGAAUCUUAAGUUUUAAUAUCAGCGAUCUAAAUUAUAAUCCA